UAAUAUCCAACUUAGUUGAACCUCUUACUCCAACAAACCUCGGAUCCAUGGCCGCUACUAUCACCGGCCAUAAACCCUCGGCGGUUUUCAAACCAAUAGUCGAAUCCCACAAGUUCUCCGGUUUCACCACACAUCUUCUCUCAACUCCUUUCUCUUGCAAAACCAACCCAAACCCAUUAAAGCUCAGGACCAAAAACAGAAGAAAUUGGGUCAUCGGAUCAGUCACGGAGGGCAAAGAAUUGGCUCCAUCCAAGACUGACCAUUCCGAUGAAGCUAAGAAACCAAAUGCGUCCAAAAUUUUGGAAUCUUCUGAUGAUGAUACGGGAGGUGGUGGUGAUGAUGUCAAGAAGAUGAGUAGUAGAGCGAUCAAUGCAUCUAUUGUUCUUGGAGUUGGCACACUUGCUGUAUCUAAGCUGCUUACAAUUGAUCAUGAUUACUGGCAUGGAUGGACACUUUAUGAGGUACUCCGAUAUGUUCCUGAACAUAAUUGGAUCGCAUAUGAACAAGCUCUUAAAGCCAAUCCAGUGAUAGCUAAAAUGGCAAUAAGUGGGAUAGUCUACUCACUAGGAGAUUGGAUUGCACAAUGUUAUGAAGGAAAUCCUCUUUUCGACUUUGACAGGACACGCCUGUUCAGAUCCGGCCUCGUUGGAUUUACUCUCCACGGAUCACUUUCACAUUAUUAUUACCAGUUCUGUGAGGCUCUGUUUCCUUUUGAUGACUGGUGGGUGGUUCCGGCAAAAGUUCUCUUCGACCAAACAGUUUGGGCAGCAAUCUGGAACACUAUCUACUUCGUGGUUUUGGGGUUCUUGCGUUUCGAAUCCUCCGAUAAUAUCUUUGAAGAACUGAAGGCAACAUUUUGGCCUAUGCUAACUGCAGGUUGGAAACUUUGGCCAUUUGCUCAUUUGAUCACCUAUGGUGUGAUACCUGUCGAACAAAGGCUUCUUUGGGUUGAUUGUGUGGAGCUUAUCUGGGUAACCAUAUUGUCAACUUAUUCUAACGAGAAAUCAGAAGCGCGUAUAACUGAAGAUGCAGACUCUAGUCCCAAGGAAUAAACGAAUUCGAGAUCAUGUCUCAAUUGUAAAGACAGGAGGAUCACUUGUGGUGAAACAGUAGUCCAAAGUUCCUACCAUUUUUUAUACUUGCUUAUGUUAGUAUUUCAUGUAUAAUAGCCGGGGGGGGGGGGGGUUAUUGAGCUUAGCUAAGAUAUCAGUAAAUUAACCCAAGCCUAGUAGAUGUUUCGACCCAUCUCAUAACUUAAGAAUA